AGAGAAUUGUGCGAUCGUGUUUGACGGGACAAGGAGAAGAAUAAUCGAAUUAGGAGUCAGAGAACGGAAAAGGCGACGAAAAGAGAGGGAACGAUCUGCCUUGCUCCUCCGAUCUACGAUUCCCAAUUCCGCCGGCGGUCAAAGGAGGUUUGUUUCUUCUCCCGGAAGAGAUCUUUUCUCUCGCUGGGACCGGAAGGGUGGGAUUUCCUGAUUGAUUUUAGGGGUUGGAGAGAGGAGGAGGGAGGGAGUGGAAGAUGAAGUCUCCGCUGAGAAUAUUUCGAGGGUUGAAGCUCAAUAAGGAGGAGACCAAGGAGGCGAAGCACCAGCGUCGGCCCUCCAGGAAGCCGGACGACUUCGUCCAGGCCACCCAGGAUAUGCAGGAUAUGAGGAACUGCUAUGAUAGCUUACUGUCUGCAGCAGCUACAACUGCCAAUAAUGCACACGAAUUCUCAGAAGCACUGGAGGAACUGGGCACAUGUUUACUUGAGAAAGCUGCCCUGAACGAUGAUGAAGAUAGCAGUAGGGCUUUAAUGAUGAUGGGAAAAUCACAGUUUGAGCUGCAGAAACUUUUUGGUUCAUAUCGCACAAAUAUCUUACACACAAUGGAUAAGCCAUCAAGGUCCCUUCUUAAAGAGAUUGAGAAUUUAGAGGAAAUGAAACGCUUAUGUGAUGGUAGAAGAGAGUUAUACAAAAACAUGUUAGAGGCACAUAGAGGAAAAGGGAGGUCAAAGCAUUCCAAAGAAAAUUCCUCAGCAAAGGAAUUGCAAGAAGCUCAAGCUAACUAUGAAGAUGAGGCAGCUUGGUUUGUUUUUCGUUUGCAGUCGUUGAAGAAAGGUCAGUUUCAAAGUCUUUUGACACAGGCUACCCGCCACCAUGCUGCUCAGUUAAAUUUCUUCAGGAAAGGACUUAAGACCCUUGAAAUGGUUGAACCACAAGUUAAAACAGUUGCUAACCAACACCACAUUGAUUAUAAUGUCAAUGAUCUUGAAGAUGAUGGCUCAGACAAUGAUGACGAUAAUACUUAUGGAAGUGAUGAUGAGGAUCUAAGCUUUGAAUAUCAAAAGAAUUUCCUAGAAGAGAAUGCUGUUUCUACAUUUAGAAACACCAUAGAGGAGAAUACUGACAAAAGCUCAUUAGACACGCUCACUUUCAGCUUGAGGCCUCCAUAUGUCAGUCAAUCAGCUCCAAUUUUUGCUGAUAAGAAGGUUGAUUUAGCCGAGAAUAAAGAAACACUACCAGCAGCUGCAAGAAAGUUUCACUCUUAUGUUCUACCUAUGCCACUUAAUGAUAGGAAUCAAAACACAACUCAUACUACUGCUUCACACCGUGAAACAAAGGAUGUCAAGUCACCAUCAUUAUGGUAUUCAUCUCCCUUGGAAGCAAAGAUUCCUGUAAAAGAUGUCAAGGAAAGUGAGUUGCCAAAUCGAACAAUGCCUUCCAAAAACAAAAUACUUGGAGGGAGAAAAAUUUACAGUGAUCCCACUAUGAUGCCAUCUUAUUUUUCAGAGAAACCAUCAGUGCCACAAUCUAAUAGGCAAGCAAAUUUUGGUACUACUAAGUACAACCGGCAAGCCUUUUCUGGUCCUUUGACGAGCAAACCAUUCUCAAGCAGACCCAUCAUUUCCCCAGCUGAAUAUAGACACACAACAAAAUUCCCUCCUGUGGCUUCUCUUGCAUCUCAAUGGAUGCCAAAACCUCAAUCAUCUACACCUCAAAAAGUGGCUCCUAGAACCUCACUUCCUGUGCCAUCCCCAAUGAUCAGUGAGCUGCAUGAGCUUCCUAGGCCACCAAUUGGCUCAGAGAAGAUGACAGGGCCAGCUGGUUUGAUUGGUUAUUCUGGUCCCUUGGUCUCUAGAAAUCAAGCAUUUGCAGUGAAAAACAAUAUGCCAUCAUCUCUUCCAGGCAAUGUACAUCCACUGCCAACACCUCUUGGACAAAUGAGUCGUAGUUUCUCAAUACCUGCUAACAGUCAAAGAAUACCACUAAUUCGAGUUUCCAGGUUGUUGGAAACUCCUCAAAAUACAGUCAAAAUAGAAGAGAUUACUUCACCUCCUAUUACACCGUCACCUGCAAUGACUACUCUUCCAGUUUCUACAACUUCAUAACCAAUUGCUGCAGCUAAAACGGAAGGUACUGAAUUGAAAGGUGCUAAACUUAUUCUCUAUGUUACAUGUAUUAAUUUUCAAUAUUUUUUUUCAAUUUAGCCCUCAUAGAUACUAUUACUUUGAAAUGAUUAGUCAAAUGAAAUAGUAUAAUUCAAGUUGAUGGAGCACUCUUCUUGCUGUUCAAACUGAGCGAAAUCUGCUCACUGUAUCUUCCUGCAGUUGUGUUAAUUGCCCAUGCAUUCCAAGGGCCCUACUGAUUCCCACCGUUUCUUAAAGGUGUAGAAAAUCAUUUUGUAUAUUUGUUUUUAGAAUGAUUAGCACACCCAUAGUCACUUUGUUAACAUAAUUCUCACUGGCAUCUCCAAACUUUAGUUCAUUAUUCUGAGGCUGUUCGCUAUUUCCAGUUUUCUUGAAAAAGACAUCCAUGGAUAUACCCACAUGUCUCAUUGAAAUUGCCAUGUGGUGCUUACUGUAUAUAAUAAAAAUGAUUCUAGGUUAAUUAAUUGUAUCCCUUUAUCACUAUGUCCAUUACAUAAUCUAUAUCGUACAAGUUUACAAAGGAGCU